AUGUCCAAAGAAGUAAUGAUCACUGCUCCCGCAACACCAGUUCAACAAGGCUUGUUCAGAAAACGAAGCAGUAGACCAGUGCACAUCAAAUCAUGGACCAUCAUGUUGAACAAAAAUGGGUUUGUCCGGUGUCAUCUUCAGCAUUGCCGAUACAUAGCUUAUUGCAUAGACGACAUGAGAGAGCAUUUCAAAACAUGCCGGGGUGAAGUAGCCGGAAAUUUUGUGUGCCCGACGUGUGGUGGUCAAACAACGUCGCAAGAAGCACUUGAUUAUCAUAAACGAAACAAUCAUAAAGAUUCUGAUGUAAUGUCAAUUAUUAUAAAACCCACUCUCACUGAGAUACAAUUAUCAUUGUGGUCAACCGAUAUCAAGACUCGUGGAUACACUCAAUGUCUCAUGCCUGAUUGUCAUUUUAUUAGCUAUAAAAUUUCUGAGCUUGAGCAACAUUAUGAAAAGUGCCUGGGUGAAGAUCCAGACACAUCGUCUAAGUUUUUAUGUCGUCAUUGUAAAGGUUAUACAUCGUCACAACAAGCUCUCCAAUUCCAUCAAAACAAUCACCAUAAAGAUUUACUGUUUCCAAUAAAACAGGAAAGUAAAGAUGAUUUUGAUGAAGAUAAUAAAAUUAAAUCUUACCCAAUGGGUCAGUAUGGACAUCCAACCUCAAGUACUACAAAUCCUUCUAGCAAAAUAGUAACAUAUUCUCAAUGGAAAAUGCAAGAAGAUUUAGCCGACACAGAAUCUAUCUGUUCUGAGGUAAAUGUUAACAAUCCAACUGAAGCUCAAAUUAAAGAAUGGAUAAUAGGUUUAAAAAAUGGUUAUGUUCAUUGCAAUCACAAUUCUUGCAAAUACAUGUCAUUUGAUGUGGACGAUAUGAAUGAUCAUUUUGCUACAUGCUUUGAACCAUAUCUUGACGAUGAAUUUGAAUGUUCAAUUUGUGGAGGUAAGACCACAUCAUCAAAUAAACUAAAAACUCAUCUUUUGCACCAUCAUGAAGAAGGUUAUAAACACUUAACAGAGGAGGAGUGUGGUUUUAAAUUAGUUGAAACUGAAGAUGGCCUAGAGUUGCAGUCUGAAAAUAAAGAACCUAAAAAACGUAAAACUGAGGAGGUAGAUGAUGAAUACGAGGAAAAACAUUCUGUCAAACGAAAGUCAUAUGAUAUACCUUAUAACCAUUUAACUAAAUGGCGUGAUGAAUUGCUACGUAACAAAUUUAUAAGAUGCACUGCUGCAGAUUGCAGUUAUUUAGCUUUGGAUAUGUUAGAAAUGAAACAGCAUUCAGAUGAACAUGUAGAUAGUGUUUACUGGUCAUUUAAAGAUCGUAAUUUAGAAGACAGAGUAGCAAACUACUGUGAUGCAUGCAAUGGACAUUUCAAAACCAUAAAACAUUUAGAUGGCCAUAAAUUAGUAUCACAUAAUAGUAGUGAUACUUCUAAUAUAGAUAGCUUGUUAGUAGAAAACAAUGAAGAAAAUAUUGAAGAUGAUGAAGAAAUUGAAGAAAUUUUUUAA